AAAUUUUGACACGUAGGAUGACGAAGUUAGAGACGGGACCGAGGACGGGUACACAACUGAAGAACGGCUGUUCAGGCGCUCCUUCUCUACCAAUACCACCCUCCGACAGAUAGGAAAGAGAGAAGAAGGAAUACAUACUAAUCCAGCCGGUGCUGCCCUCGUAAUGCGGUAGAAACGGACGGUGCUAUCUGGAUCUUGUGACUGAUAACAAAAUGGCCAUAACGGGGUUUUCGGCCGUCCUCUAUUACGGCAUAUUCGCCUCCAUCACGGGAGGCUACGUCCCCUACCGAGUGAAAAACUGGUGGCUGGUAGUUUUCCACCUGUACCUCUUUCUCUCCUUCAUCAUUCUCCCUCUGAUCGUAGCUCUGGCUGCAGUAGAUCACUGGCUGGGAUGGACGCUGUAUGGAGUAGUCAUCUGUGCGACAUUUCUGGUGAUCAAAAUCAUCAACUUUCAUCUUCACAAGGCGCUGGACAUGAACCCUGAGGAGGACGAGGACGAGGGAGGGGAAAAGACGGGAGGGGAAGAGGAGGAGAAGGAGGGGGAGGGUGUAAAUGAGGAGGAGAAAGUGGAGAAGGGCGCGUCUGAGGAAGAGGAGGGGGAGAGGAAGGAGUUGGGGCUGGACGGAAAGCUGGUGGAGCAACUUCUUCCGGGACAGGUGGCUGUGGAGGUGGGGGAGAAGAGGGAGGGUGAGGAGGAGGAGAGGUUGAAUAACCACCGAGACUCUGCGAGCACUCUUGGGCAGAGCUCCACCUACCAAAGUAGCCAGGAGACGGCAGAGCUGCAGCUGGUCUCCUCCGGAACAAGGGCCGAUGAGGAGGAAGAGGAGAGGAGAGAGGGAGGAGCGACGGCAGUGGAGUCUCUGCUGGGGAUGAUUGAAGCCGAGGUCGAAGUUCGUCUGGGGAAUCAGGGAGGGGAUUCCCCACCGGGGACUGCAAAGUCAGACGAUGCGUUGGUGAUCCGUGUUGACACGAGUUCCGGUACCGAACCUGGACUGAAACAGGGCAGUGACGGAGCAGAGAAAACGGAUGAGAACAUGGAAACUGAGGGGGGAUCUCUUUCUCAGCCUCCCAGAUCAGGAGUCCUCUCUGGUCUGCCUCACUCUGCAGAGUGGCUCCAACACAGCAAUAGCUCGAUCGGCCUCAUGAGCCCCAUGCACCACAGCAGCACGUCCCCGCUCCAGUCUUCUAGAAACGUCCAGAGCUACUUCAGCGCCAUGCACCCGGGCAUCGCCGGUGGAAGUCGUAGCAACACGCUCACGGUGAGACCUUCGGGGCUCCAGCGGUCCGUCUCCCUCCCGCUGAGCCGGGAGAGAACUCCUCCGGUGUUGAACCAGACGGCCAGCGAAGUUGCCGGGAACAUGGAGGGGGAGCCCGUCGUUUUGCUCCGCUCCUCCCCCAUGAGAGAGGAACCAGGUUCCUCCGCGGUGGAGUUAGAACCGCCGACUUUUGCCUAUCGCAGACGUGGGGCGUUGCGUACUCGCCGAGCGUUCUCGCAGGAAGUUCCGCAUCUGUCUCCGUACUUCAGACCGCGGAAUCAGUCGGCGGGCGCCGUGUCUUCAGCUGCAGGGGUCCACCGGGCAGGAAUGUUGAGUGGGAGCGAGACGACGCGGGUGACGCUGGACGAGGAGGAGGAAGAGAGGGACGAGGAGAAGACAAAGGGAGCCGAGGACGAGGACGAGCCCAAUCCUCUUGUGGAGAGUGUGAAGCACAAGUUGCUGGAGCAGGGACACCUCUCGUUGCUGGACGUGGUGGAGAAGAUGCCGACCACGCUGCACGAGUCGAUCGUGACGGACAACGUGUCCCGCUCGUGUCUGGAGACCAUUACUGGGAGGGUCCCGGAGCUCCAGUUGGGACACCUGGCACACAGUGACGGAGACUCCAGUCGCGGAGCCAUACACUGGUUUGAAGGUGAGGAGGACAUAUUUAUACUCAGUACUUCUGAGCCGCUGAGUUGCCAGAAUUUCAUUUUAUACACCACUUUUGUGUCCAGUAAAAUUCUAUACUUUCUUUACAGAAAACCUUAGUCGCGAUUUGUGCAUUUAGUCAUAAUUGUAACCCUCUGAUUUGGAUCACAUCGUUAAACAAUACAAACUAUAGAUAGAAGGGACUAGAUAUCAUCCUCCCCGGGA